AUGAUUUUCACUUCAUUAACUAAAAUUUUAAAUAAAUCCUCAUCAUCAUCAACCUUAAGUAAAACCUUUGAUAACAAUUCCAAAUCAAUUGCAAUUAAUUUUGAAAAAUCAAAUGUUCAAAGUACUACCAUUUUAAAUAAUCCACUCGGUCCUCAAGGUGGAGUCGGUCCAUACUUUUGA